AUGUUUCAGCAAGACUCGCUGGCAGCCCUUACCACCGAGGACCUGAGCAUCACUGGUCUCAAGUGGGCGGCAGCCUGGCAGCGAUGGAGCGUGCCGUCGAUCAUGUGGCGAUCUGGAGCGGGCUUGGGCAAGGGCCUGGGCUCCAGCUUGUCUAACCCGGAGGGUUUCAACUGUCCGGCCUGUGGCAGGGUCUACAAGCUGAAGAGUAGCCUGAGGAAUCAUCAGAAGUGGGAGUGCGGCAAGGAACCCCAGUUUCAGUGUCCCCAUUGCGUCUACAAGGCGAAACAGAAGAUGCACAUCGCGCGGCAUAUGGAGCGAAUGCACAAGGAGAAGAUCUACAAGCAGGAACUUGUAUCUAGGAAUUAUUCUAAAAGUGACAGAGAAACGAGAAAAACCGCAUUAAACGGCCUGAAAGUGGUGAAGAAGUUUCCACAGUCUUGUCCAGGCAAGACAGCCAUUUACACUAUAUUCCUCGCAGCGAUGCAACCACAAGUAAACACAGUAUUAGGCACGGAUUCGCGCGGAUUGUCCCCCGCAUUUCGUUAUGCUUCCUACAUACAUACUCGACCAUACCCGCAUGCUAGUUUCUUCGCCGGCCUCGGUUGGACCGGUGAGGGCUCGCGGCGCGUUUCGAGGAGCGCGAACUCCGCGACGACGACGUCGUCGUCGACGGUUGCGAGCGACGUGCCGGCACCGCUGACACCGCAGCGUCGUCCUCGGCUGCACUGUCCGUCGCGGCACACGGCCAGCCGCAACAAUAAUCACCCGAGCAUCAGCAGCAGUGGCGGCCUGAUGCAUCACGAUCGCCGGCACAACUGCUCGAGAUGCGGUAAGAGCUACAAGAACGCGUACAUCCUGAAGCGACACUUGCAGUACGAGUGCGGCAAGGCGCCGUCCUUCAGCUGCCCGCAUUGCGCCUUCAGCUCCAAAUAUGAGCGCAAUCUCAAGGCGCACAUCAAUCACCGGCAUGUCGAUCUACAGCCGGCGCUGUCCGGCAUCGUCGUCGGUGUGCCCAAGCGGUACCCUUGCUUCAAGUGCGGCAGGAUCUACAAGGCCAGGGGCAGUCUGAAACGCCACCUGAAUGACGAAUGCGGCAAGGAUCCGAAAUACGUUUGCGUAAUCUGCGAACGGGGUUUUAAGCAGAAAACCAACUUUAAACGUCACGCUGAAAAAGUCCAUCACUGUCAGGCGGCUACCCCCGGUCGGCGAAGUCGCGCCGCGAUAAAGAAAAGCUUGAAACACACCUCUUUCACGGCGGAACUUUGGCCAUUGCCGCUUCUGAAGAUGAACGAGCAACCCUGA